AUGCAGAACAGAACCUUUUCGCCAUCCGACUUCGUGCUCCUGGGCUUGCUGGUGAGCCACGAGGCCGUGGGAGUGGUGUUCACGGUCAUCGUAGCCAUCUUCAUGGUGGCUGUGGCGGCGAAUGUGCUCAUUGUCAUCCUGAUCCAGAGUGAUGCCCGCCUCCACACCCCAAUGUACUUCCUGCUCAGUCAGCUGUCCGUCAUGGACACCCUCUUCAUCUGCACCACCGUGCCCAAGCUCCUGGUGGACAUGCUUUCCAGGGAGAAGACCAUUUCCUUCAUGGCCUGCAGCAUCCAGAUCUUCCUCUACCUGACCAUGAUUGGCUCCGAGUUCUUCCUGCUGGGCUUCAUGGCCUACGACCGCUAUGUGGCAGUCUACAACCCUCUCAGGUACCCAGUUCUCAUGAACUACAAGGUGUGCCUUCUGCUGGCUGCUGGGGCCUGGCUGGGCGGCUUCCUGGAUGGCUUCCUGCUCACCUCCAUCACUAUGAGCCUCCCCUACUGUGGCUCCCACAGCAUUGACCACUUCUUCUGCGAGGUCCUGGCCAUCCUCAGGCUGGCCUGUGCCGACACGUCCCUGUAUAGAACACUCAUUUACAUCUGCUGCAUCCUGAUGCUGCUCACCCCCCUCUCCAUCAUCUCAACCUCCUACGCCCUCAUCCUGGUCACCGUCCACCGCAUGCGCUCCCCCGAGGGCCGCCAAAAGGCCCUCGCCACCUGCUCCUCCCACUUGGCGGUGGUCAGCAUCUUCUUUGGAGCUGCCUUCUACAACUACGUGCUGCCCCAGGCCUUCCACACCCCUGAGCAGGACAAGGUGGUGUCCGCCUUCUACACCAUCCUCACCCCCAUGCUCAACCCCCUCAUCUACAGCCUCAGGAACAAGGAUGUGGCCGGGGCAUGUAGUCGGAUGCUGACACGCUGUCCAUCUGCUCAGAGGGUAGCAGCAGGAGACACCUAG